ACGUAUCGUGUUUUAAAUUUUAAACUGUGGUGUCUCGAGAGAUACGCGCGCAUAUAACGUACGGUUUAAAUUAUAAGAUAUUUUGUUCUUCGUGCGAAUGCCGCGCGAGUAUAUUGCCUGAAAUUUGCGAUACGACGCUUUCUGUCUUUCGCCUACUGUCCUUGUAAUCUCGAUAUAAAGGAAUUUGUACCUAGGCGUCAAAAAGAGAAAGGAGACGUUGCGCCUAAAUCUUCAAAAUGACUUAAUUCGUAACUCGAAGAGUAGUUACAGCCACGCGCAUACGCAUAAAAUAUGUAGAGUUUGAUUGCACGAUCGAUUCCGUGGUCAGUUUCCAAGUUUCAAGAAUUGCGAGAUUCGAUUCGACGACGAAUAUUCGUUAUCCCGUAAUGCUAGAACGUCGAUUAUUCGGUACUAAUUAUCCGAAUUUCCGAUUCGGAUUAUCGCGAGACAUUAAAUUAUCUGGACGUUGAUAUUCUGGCGAUAGAUCAUCCAGAUAUGCAAUUUCGAAUUGGUUUCAAAUUUGACCAAUACACGGAGGAAACGUGAAAAUGCUUUGCACGACGCAUAGAAAUUUGCGCGUACUUCACAAAGCAUGGUCACCGCUACCAAUUGCGAAAACCACGAUUCACAGGUACGAUGCUCGACGAGACGAAAGUAACGCAAUAGCAAGAACAAUGGAAAACUCUGUACGAUUACCAAUCGACUAUAUCACGUACAUAUUGUCAGCCUGUGACAACCUGGCCGACUUCACCGAUCAGUCUCGUGGCGUCAACCACACCCCUGACGCUCGGCCAUUGCACAACAUAAGCGAAUUCGUCCAACUAAUUUCCACCGGCGUGCUGAACAACGUGACUUGCCUGAAUCACGCUCCACAGCUGACCAGAGUGGUCGUGGUGAAAGUGAUCGUGCUCUCGGUGAUCGCGAUCCUCAGCUUCGUGGCGAACGUCGCGACUAUCUACUCUAUCGCGAUAAAUCGACGAAAGCAACACGCUUGGUCGGCAAUUUACACGUUGAUCCUGCAUUUAACAGUGGCCGAUCUGUUGGUCACGGUGUUCUGCAUGGUAGGGGACGCGAUGUGGAGCUACACCGUGGCUUGGAUCUUCGGCAACGUCGCCUGCAAGUUGUUCAAAUUCGCACAAGUGUUCAGCUUGUAUCUAAGCACCUUUAUACUGGUGCUGAUCGGAGUGGACAGGUUCUUUGCUAUACGAUACCCGAUGAAAGGCAUGAAUACCGCUGACAGGUGUCUCAAGUUUGUCGUUCUGGCGUGGAUACUGUCCUUUAUAUUCGCAUCGCCUCAGAUUUUCAUAUUCCAUGUAGUUCAAGGACCGUUCAUCGAAGAUUUCAAACAAUGCGUGACCUACGGAUUUUACACGGAACCUUGGCAGGAACAACUUUACGGAUCCUUCGUUUUGUUUUUCAUGUUCCUUCUUCCUCUCGCUAUACUCGUUGCUACCUACGUUUCCACCGUAAUCACAAUCUCUCGAAGCGAAAGGAUAUUUAAAUUGAAGCUAACUAAUAACAUUAUACGUCACGUAAAUGGGAAUACAAACCGAAGAAAAUUAAUGCAUCGAGCAAAGGCCAAAUCAUUGAGAAUCAGCAUCGUUAUUAUAACUGCUUUCAUCAUCUGGUGGACACCGUAUUACACAAUGAUGAUCAUUUUUAUGUUCCUCGAUCCUGACAAACACCUCAGUAAGGAAUUACAAAACGUAAUCUUCUUUUUCGGCAUGACCAACAGUUUGGUAAAUCCUUUGAUAUAUGGCGCGUUUCAUCUGUGGCCGCGAAGAAAACGUUCCAUUCACAGAGAAUUGUCUACCGUGCAACGCAGACUUACGCCAACCAGCUGUGAAGGUAACGGCAAACAAGAACCACGAGAAACACGAACACCGUUUAUACCGAAAAAUAAUUGAAAUACUAAUAUCUAAUCAGAGUUAACGAAACGAUCAAUUACGACAAAUUCGGUCGUAUUCUUCUGUUAGAGAGUUCAACAUUUUUAUAUUCUUUGCGUCCAUACGUCAAUGAUCAACGGUAAUCACUAAAAUUCAUACUUAAAGUUUAUCGUCAGAUCUAGUCCUUAGUCUUAAGUACAUAGUAAUUAAGAUCACGCUACAUCUGUCGCCAUUGUAUAAGAAACGUCGAGUAUCUAAAUGUGAAUUAAGUGUUUGAAAAUAACAAUAAUAAAAUAACAGUAUAAGAACAAAGUAUAAGCAGUAAUAUAAUAUAAUUGAUGUACACAAACAAUAUUUACAUAUACGAUAGUAUUGUAAAUAAAAACUGUCCACGUUAUAAAUUCC